AUGAAUAACACGUUACCUGCAGGUAGGAAACCUGAUGUCAAGAAGAAGCUGGUUGUAACUGGUGAUGGUGGAUGUGGGAAGACGUGUUUGUUGAUUGUUUACGCAGAGCAUAGAUUUCCUGAGGAAUACGUCCCCACUGUUUUUGAAAAUUACGUCUCGUAUCCAACAUUUGAUGGCAAGAUAGUUGAGUUGGCGUUAUGGGACACGGCUGGUCAAGAGGAAUACGACAGGUUGAGACCAUUGUCAUAUCCAGAAUCCGAUAUUAUUCUCAUAGUUUUCUCGAUUGAUUACCCAACAUCUUUGGAGAACGUCAAGGAUAAGUGGUUCCCUGAAGUUUCUCACUUCUGCUCAGGAGUUCCAAGGAUAUUAGUCGGUACAAAGAUAGAUUUACGACAAGAUCCAGAGACAAGAAGAAUGUUAAGUAUGCAAGGUUUGAAACCAGUAUCAUACGAGCAAGGUGUCGCUGUAUCUAAAGAGAUCGGUGCGGCCAAGUACAUUGAGUGCUCAGCGAAGAAAUCUCAAGGUGUGAUUGAACUGUUUGAUCAAGCGCUUAAGGAAUCGAUGAAAGGCAAGCUGACUAAAUUUGUGAAGAAGCGCAGGAAUUGCGUCGUGUUGUAA